AUGUCCGAACCCAAGAAUACAAUUAUCAAAAAUGCAUCCGGUCAAAGGCACCAAAAACAUCCACAGGAUUCCAAUAAUAAAACUCCCUGGACAACUUCACUCUCUAUUCUCGACUAUUAUCUCCGGACUAGCUCGUCGCCCCCUUUUGGGCACGUCAUAGAUGUUAUCUUUUUCUUUGAGUUUUGGCUAUAG